AUGAAUGGUCGUAUUGUGUCUGUUUUGGUGUUGUGCUGCCUGGUGAUACACGAAGGAUAUGCAAAGGAUACAAUCGCGACUCGGAAUGGAAGUGAAAUCGAAACUGGUAAUGCAAUCUCGGCGAAUCAGAUAGCUACGACAACGAGGAGGCCGUUGCUCCAAGGACUACGACUUCCUUGCUCCUGCCAAGGAGGACAAUGCAGCUGUUGCACGGGGAUGAUUCUAGAGAGGUUCAAGCAGAAGGCCUGCAUGAACAUAACGUACGAUCCGGACGAGUUCGCCUUCACCGCUUCGAUGUCGAUGAACGAGCGGAUACUCUACAAGAACACGUUCACAGGGAAAAAUCCGCCACCGAUGUGUGUUAGAGUGCCGAGGUUCCGUUUCAUACAGUUCUGCGUCGAGUUCUCUAACAUCUACUUCGCGAAGAGGAACAUUCACAUGUGCAUAGAUGCGGAGGCGAAUUGGGAAAACUUCACUGUAAUGGAAUGGUCCUUCGACUGCAUCAGGUUAGGUGCUAGUGGAGUCGCAGUUAUAGGGCCGGAGGAGGGUGGAGGUAUACCUCUGUCACCUUUAGAUGAAGAGGACCAGAUCGAUGAGGAUUACGACGAUGAUGCUAGGAAUGUCCCGUUACCCACCGGAAAUAAACCCUUCGAUGUCCAAGUCUUACCAAACAAAGACGUUCUCAUCAAAUUUAAAAAAGUCUGA